CUUAGCAGGAGCGCGCGCUGCUCUACAUCAAACUGCAUAAAAGUCUCGUUAUGCAUUUGCCUGCGCGCCUUGCAGGAGUAAAUCUUGAUUACCGCGCGGGACGCGCACGCAGAGCUGCACGAGGACGCCUUUCCCGCAAAGACCGCCGCGCUUUCAUCACUCUAAUCAGCCGCCUAACUACUCGCUCGUAACAUUUUGGGCUUUUUUUCGCCGCUCGGGUGAGAAGUGACAGGAGCGCGGAGCCCUCCUCUGUUGGGCGGGGCCUGCAUUUCAUUUUGUAUUUUCUGUAUGUGGGAGCGCGUGCGCGUGUGGGCGCGCGCGCGCGAGUGUGUGUGCAUUUUUUCCCCUCUCUCCCCCCUCGUGUUGCCUGCUCUGACACGUCUGCAUUGAGUGAGUGGCAUUGGCACACUGUCAAUCGCUCACCAUCAAACAACAUAAAACACACACAGGCACACAGGCUGCACCUCAUAAAUUUUAGCCAGGCAAGGUCUUUUUUUUAAUUUCAUUUUUUUUGGGCGCAUCGCUUAAAAAUACAGCGUUGCAUCCUUAUUAAUUUACAAUCCUUGAUGCUCUUUUUCUUUUCCAAACUGACAUCGCACAACUUUUUGCAUUUUUUUUAUUGCAAAGAUAUUCGGACACAUAUUUUUUUCUGAAAAAAUACGUGGACUUCAUUUCUGCACUAAGAUUUUUUUUUUGGGGUGUCAUUUUCCAAAUAGUUAUUUGCAGCGUUGGAUUAUUUUUGCCUUCCGAUGGUGCUCGUUGUGGACAUUUUUUUAUGAGGAAAUGCUCCGGGAAUCCCACGAAGAGCGCAAAUAAAUGAGAGAUCACCAAAGGAGCAGUUGCGUUCAAAGCCGUCAAAUCUCGCGGACAGAGAGAAGAUCCAUUGGCGUGAAGAGUGCAGGUGGACAAGAUGGACAACCUUCGGCAAUUUUGACAGCAGAAGUUUUGCAUUAAAUAGCCAAAUUGAGGCGAUAUUCUUCACACGCCGUCUCCGGUUUUGGCACUUUGGACCGCGCGUAAAGAGACAAGCGUCAACUUGGACACAUUUACGCCGUCACAUCGCUGCAAUAUUGUUUUUUUUUUUUUUUUUUAAUUCCCCCACCUUUUUUGUGUGUUAUUGGGACCAGGCUGCCGCGCAACCUCAUUGUCUUCGGUACAUGUUCUAGCCCAUUUCGUAUAUGAGUUUUUCAAUUUGUGUGGCUCAGUGCACAGACUCCUUAGCGGCUCCGAUGGACGAUCAAGCCCGGAUCAUGCAGUCGAUCGGCGGCGUCAGUCUGGCCGGCCACUCGGUGCAAGGGGGCAUGGCCCUCGCGCCUCCACACGGACACGACGGCACGGACGGGGACGGACGCAAACAAGACAUUGGCGACAUUCUGCAUCAAAUCAUGACCAUAACCGACCAAAGUCUGGACGAGGCGCAAGCAAAGAAACACGGACUGAACUGUCACAGAAUGAAACCAGCCCUCUUCAGCGUUCUCUGUGAAAUCAAAGAAAAGACAGGUCUCAGCAUCCGGGGGGCCCAGGAGGAGGACCCGCCGGACCCCCAGCUCAUGCGUUUAGACAACAUGCUGCUGGCAGAGGGCGUGGCGGGACCAGAAAAGGGUGGCGGAUCUGCCGCCGCCGCAGCUGCGGCGGCUGCCUCAGGCGGGGCAGCUGACAAUUCCAUUGAACAUUCCGACUACAGAGCCAAGCUCACCCAGAUCAGACAGAUCUACCACACCGAGUUGGAGAAAUACGAACAGGCGUGUAACGAAUUCACCACCCACGUGAUGAACCUGCUGCGAGAACAAUCUCGUACGCGGCCCAUCUCGCCCAAGGAGAUCGAGCGCAUGGUGGGAAUCAUCCACCGGAAGUUCAGCUCCAUCCAAAUGCAGCUGAAACAGAGCACCUGCGAAGCUGUCAUGAUCCUGCGCUCCAGAUUCCUUGAUGCCAGGCGGAAAAGGAGAAACUUCAGCAAGCAGGCGACAGAAAUUUUGAACGAGUACUUCUACUCGCACCUCAGCAACCCUUACCCAAGCGAGGAGGCCAAAGAGGAGCUGGCCAAGAAGUGCAGCAUCACAGUUUCCCAGUCACACUGCUCAAGUGCACGCUGCUGUGGCUGCUUGACGUCUGACUCCUCUGCUCCUCCCCUUUUGUGCUCUCCCACGCAGGUGUCCAACUGGUUCGGCAACAAGCGGAUCCGCUACAAGAAAAAUAUCGGCAAGUUUCAGGAGGAGGCCAACCUGUACGCCGCCAAGACCGCCGUAAACGCGGCACACGCUGCAGCCGCCGCGGUGCAGAACAGCCAGGCAAACUCCCCUACUACACCCAACUCCGGUUCUUCAGGUUCUUUUAACCUCCCAAACUCUGGGGACAUGUUCUUGAGCAUGCAGAGUCUGAAUGGGGAUUCUUACCAAGGGGCACAAGUCGGAGCCAAUGUACAGUCACAGGUGGAUACCCUGCGCCAUGUUAUCAGUCAGACGGCAGGAUACAGUGAUACGCUCAGCCGAAACACCAUGUACAGUCCACAUAGUUUAAAUACUAAUGGAGGGUGGCAAGAUGCAACAACUCCGUCUUCAGUCAUAUCCCCGACAGAGGGGCCCGGCAGCGGGCACUCGGAUACCUCCAAUUGAUCCGCUCUCUGUGCAUUUGAGCCUCAAGCUGGGGAAGGACUCUUAACGGGCUGCACAACUGCAGAGGACCUCCAAAAGCUUUUCAUGUUUUUUUUUUUUUUGGGGGGGGGGUGGUGUUGUGGGUUUAUAAAUAUCCCACAACAACAACAUGACACAUGUGAUGGAUGUUGAAAUGAUGGAAUUUUUUUACCAUGAGAGUCAACUUUACAUGAUGGUCUCAGUAUUUUAUUUCGUAAAUCAACUCGUUUGUUCAGGGUCAAGCGCACAAACUGCCUGCGCAAAUAUCAAAAAGCCCUCUGAUAUUCAUCAAAUGUUCAUUUUAACUUCUGUAGUAAAGAUACAGGAUGGUGUGUAUUUACAUGACAUUAUAAAUGUCUGGCAUACGCGAUUCUUUUUCAUUUCCUGUUUUGAAAACACUUUGUAUUCUUUGAUGAAAUGAAUUAAAGCAGCUCUUAAUGCAUCUAUAAUAUUGCUACUGUUGACAGAUCAAUGGCAGCUUUGUGAUUACUUCCGAGGAUUAAUUUGCAUUGCAGCAGUCUACAUGAGUACAAGCCAAUGAUUCUUCAUCGUCUGGAGCAUCAAGCGUAAUAGAUUGCGUUAUCAUAACAUGACACCAUCCCAUAUUUUUAUCAUGUGACGUUUGGUAUGUACAUAUGUAAACAUUUUGUACUGCUUGCGGAAGUCAUCAAAUCCCCCACAGUUGAUCAUAACUUGCCCAGCGACACGCAGACUUGUACAAAACAUACUUUAAGAGUACUUAAACAUCCUAACAAUCAAAUCACAGCUUUAUUUCCCCGUUCAAAAUCAUACCAACAAAUUUUGCCAUUCCUGUAGCUUAGAGCGCUCACAUACUACCUCUAAACACCAUUACCUUCUUUCUUUGUUGUUGUUGGGUUUUUUUUAGCCCUACUUAUUUUUGAUUCUUUUACUUGUUUUGAAAACAUCUCGCAACACUGUAAAUUUACUCAUUCUCUAUGUAUAUUUUAAUCUUUUAAUAAAACUCUGUUGCUAUAUUGCAGCUUAAAAUAACAAAAAAACAAAAGUGAAUCCGAUAACAAUACCAUGAAAAAUAGCAGAGCGAGUACAUUGUUGGUCUGUGGCUUUUAUGAAGGAGGUGCGAUCAAAUUGCGAUAAAUUAACAGUGAAACUGUUGUAAAUACUAAAAAAAAAAAAACAUUUUGAAUGUUGCUCAUCUUAUUACUAAAUCAUACCCAAAAAACUGAAAAAAAAAAUCACUAUUAAGACUGUAAUGCAUAGAAGUUUCAGUAUUCAGAACUGUAUAUUUCCAGCUCUGUUCAACAGGGUUCCAUUUUUUUUCCUCUUUUUCUAUUGUAUGUGAUUCUGAAACGGAAAAGUCAUGACAAAUGAUUUGUGGCAGUGAUUCAAAUGUAAUAAAAAUGUUUAGUGUUGCUUUCUAACCGGACUACACCCUGGACUGAAAAGUCUUCUUUGUGGUAGUUGUGUAAUUUAAAACAAAUAAAACUUUUGCUUUGAUGAAAGCAUGUCGUUUCUGUUCUCAUUAUAAGAAACAAACUCCCUAUAUACAAUAGACCAGUCCCAUAAAAAUAAUAAGAAAUAAUAAUAGUACAGUAUCUAAUUAAGAUGACUUCAGUUCAUUAUGUUGUAAAUACAUUUCACAUUGCUCAUAAGAAAUUGAGGCUCUAGAUUUUACAUUCUUCAAAAUUCUCCCCUUCUUCUUUUCCUUCUGGCUUAUGGUACUUUAAAAGCCCACUAUAUGAUCAUGGCCCCGCCAAAUUUCGUGUGUUUGUGUGUGAAGCUGGGGUGGGGUGUGGGGGGUUAUCACAGUCGUCAUUCAAAUUUUUUUGUACUACAGUAUUUGUGUUAUCCACUUCUUUUGCACUCUUUAAAUAAAUUCUGUGCUUGAAUGGGUUUGUAUUGUUUCAAAGGUGUGUUUAAAUACCUUAAAAAUCUUCCAAGUGCACUGAAUACAUGCCUAGGGUGUAUUUAACAGGGUAUUUUGGUCAUGUGGGG